GGUAAAGAGGCUGCUACGUUUUCAAACGAAAAUUGAAACAGCAUUUUGUGAGCGUGCGCAGAGGAGAAAAGUAGAUCAACAUGUUGGUAGGACAGGAAUUAGCUCACCUUUGAAAUGUAGGAAAUUUGACACAAACUGAUGCAGGAAACUUCUUGAGGAUGUAUUUCAGAGAAGAAUGUGAACUUCCUAAUUUACCACCGAUUGUGUUUUGAGCUCUGAGGCAACACCGGAUUUCUAAGGAAAAAAGACUUAAAGCGAAAGGAGACUGCAUACAGUAUGAUCAGAAAUUGUUCAGCGUAGAGGAAGAAAGACACAUGGCAGUUCACAGCCAAGUUAAUGGAACAACAGCCAUACCAUGGAGAGGCAGCAGGAGGAAACGGUCACUCUUGGAGCAGCUGAAGGACUGUCAGGAUGCCUGGUGCCCCAGGGCACCUUGGGAUAGAGAUAGGGCCCAUGCUGCAAUGUGUGGUGCAACCAGAGGGAGUUUCCUGGUUGUGCGGGACGCCUCGUCUCAGCCGAGCCUGCUGUGUGUGUCUACUGGAGCAGAGGAUGAAGUUUCUGAAUAUAGUAUAAAUUGCAAAGACGCGGUCUUCCAGCUUUCUGAGUCUCGUCUAUCUUUCUCUGAUCUGCCUCAGUUGGUGCUCUUCUACUCUCUGACCAGAGACGUGCUAGCUGUUUGUCUGGCCAUUCCUCACUGGAUGAACAAUGUAACUGAGAUGAACAACGAUCAUCUUUCUCAACUUGAACCCAAAACCUGGCUAUUCCCCCCACCUGAGCAGACUGAGGAAAUUGCCCACAAAACGAUGAGCAGCAUGAUGUGUUCUAUACAGCUGACUUCAAGCAAUGGCGCCAUGUGCAUCAUUAAUCCACUGUACCUUCAUGAACAUGGAGACGACUGGCUCACCCAAAGAGCACCUGCCUGUCAGCAGUCGAAUUACACCCGAAUGCGACGCCUCAGCACCACCCGGACAUGGGCAGGAUCAGGAUUACAAAGUAAACGAGCCAUCUCGUUGGACCAGGAACCUUCAGCUGCCAGUGCAGAGAGCUCCGGUCUAACUAGAGCCAGGUCAGCUGAUUACCCACCUACCCCACCAACACCAACAACUGUGGUCCUCAGGAGGCCCAGUCGUGAUUUGACCCAUAGUCCAACUCAAAGAGCGAGCACAGGGAGUCUGUCCACCCCCUCAACCCCAGGGAACACAACACCUGAGCUACAGUGCCACAGCAGCCCCGUUCCUCAGUCUCCUCACAGGGUUUCCUGGAUUGAAGAUGGAUUUUGGUUGCCUCCACCGAGACCUUCGUCUCUUCUCCAUCCUCCAUCGCUGGAGUUAGACUCACUUUCCAUCAGCAGCAUAGAAGAAGAACAGGACUUUCAAAUGCCAAGCCUCACAUCUCAUCACCCAUCAGCACACCGCUUGGCAGAUAAGGUCAUACAUCGGCUGUCUGCGGUUGGUCAGGCGCUUGGCGGGCUCAUAUGCCAGAAAAAAAAACUGACCUAUCGGGUGAUAGAGCUGAGCGAGAAGAAAAAUGGUGCAUUCGCCGAAGCUGUGAGAGCUUUUGUGGAGACAACACACAAGGGAGGAACUGAUCCCAGCAGGGCAACAGGGUCAGAGUUCUUACAGGAAGUGAGGUCAUCACUGACAUCCCUCAGGGAGACACUCCUGGACUAUCCAGAGAUCCACACAUUACUGGAAAGCAUUACUGACUUGAAUGACUCUGAGAUUGACUCCCUGGUGGAGCUUUCCCUCCACAAAGUGGCUCUGAAACCCGUCGCUACCCACCUCUACACAUGCAUUCGCACAUCCUGGACCAAUGACGGCAGUUUUGAGAAACUCCAGAGCAAACAACGUGUGCUUGAAAAGAAUAGUGUGGAGGAGCUUGGAGGUUCAGCUGGAGUUGGAGUACCUGACUCUGUCAUUUUAGAGCAGAUACAGCAGAGGUGGACAACUAUGCAUGAAACAUACUCCCCCAACAAGAAGGUCCAGAUUCUUCUCAAAGUGUGCAAGAGCAUAUAUCACGGCAUGAGUGCCAAUGCAAGAUCAGGAACAGUGUUCGGAGCAGAUGACUUCCUACCCUGCUUGACGUGGGUGCUGCUCCGCAGCGACUUGGCUACAUUGCAGGUAGACACGGACUAUAUGAUGGAACUGCUUGACCCUGCACAGUUGCAAGGAGAGGGUGGCUACUACCUCACAACUCUGUAUGCCUCUCUGUACUACAUCAGCAGCUUCCAGGAACGCUUGGCUGUUCGCCAGCUUAGUGUGGAGGCCCAGCAUUCUAUUAACCAGUGGCAUCGUAGACGGACCUUGCACUGCAACCAGUCACGUCGAAGCAAACACAGACGGACAAUUCGCAGACAGGCGGGUCAAGAGAAGCACAUUGAUGCGUUGGAGAAUGAGACAGAAAGCAACACAAAGGCUUUGCAGUGGGAAAGGAAAGAUGUAGAACAAGAACUUGCUGACCAAUCACCGACCUCCCCUCCAGCUUUAGACUGUCAACCUGAAACACAGCAGGAAGAUAUAACUAGCAAACAGGAAGAUGGUUUGAGUCCUUGUGUAGAAGCAGAGGAGGACCAAGAGGGAGUGUAAUAUGGAAAGAAAAAAGGAGCCUCCGAGCUGAAAAACAGGUGUACCAAUAAUCCAUUAUUUUUGCAACAAUCAAUACACUUUUUCCUAAUAAAGUAGAAGCAAGUCAAUACAUUGCAUUUUAACAGGACCUUUUUAUCAUUGCAUUUUUCUCAAAAAAGUUCCACUGACCAGAAGAAUACUGAUUAAAAGUUAUUUAAAGCCAGACCAGCUGUAUUUCUUAAAAUACAGUCAUUAAAUGAUUAUGUAUAAUUUUUUAAUGUGUAACAUUAUGUGUAACAAACUUAUACAAAAUAUAUUAGUUUAUAAAGCAAUGUAAAGAGAAUAAAGUAAAAAAAAAAACUUCUUUGAUGUUUUUUUAAGGAAAACAUACCAUUCAUAGGUGUCAGCUUUUUUCUGCAAACAUGCUCUCAUAAGGGCUGCUUUGGUUGGUUUUUUGCCUCUAUGUAUUUGCUGUUUUUGUGAAGCAAUCUUGUCAAACCCCAAUAAUCAGGGUACCCUGUACAGCGUGUUUCUCCCUGCUUCAACACACCCAACUAAAAUUAGUUGGACCUUAACAGACAUUAUCUGAACUUGAAGAGUGAGGGGAGCAUCUAAAAUCUGCAGAUCAGUGUGCCCAUUGGUAUCUGACAGCACUGUGGAUAAACAGGUUCCCCAAGUUCCUGAAACAAAACGUCUCAAAGCUUUUUUUUGUCAUGGGAAACGGCAUACAAAAAUAAAACUGCUUUUA